AUAAUAGCCAAUUCUUAAGAAUGUCUUCUACAUUGACUCCUGUGAUCUCUACUAACGCUCCUCCAGCAGCUGCCUCCUACUCGCACGCAAUCAAGGCCAACGGAACAAUAUACGUCUCCGGUCAAAUCCCAUUCACUCCUGAGGGUAAAAGGGUCGAGGGAACGUUCCAGGAGAAGUCCGACCGUGUUAUCCAAAACGUUCUAGGCGUUUUGAAGGAUAGUAACUCUUCCCUUGAGAAGAUUGUCAAGGUGACCGUCUUCCUCACCGACAUGGAGAACUUUGGAGCUUUCAACGAGGUCUAUUCCAAGUAUUUCAACACUCACAAGCCAGCAAGAUCGUGUGUUGCUGUGAAGCAACUGCCACUAGGCGUUGAGGUGGAGAUGGAGGUUGUUGCGUUGGAGAACUAAGUGUAUAGCUGAAUAAAAUCUCCGGAAGGAUUUCUGUCACGUGAUACAAACCCGGGUUUCCCGUAUAUUAAAAUUUUCAAACUUUUCAAAAAUUCUUUCUAAACAUCAGCCAUGGCCCAGAGAGUGACUUUUAGAAGAAGAAACCCAUACAACACCAGAUCUAACCAGAUUAAGGUGGUCAAGACUCCUGGUGGAAAGCUUGUUGCACAACACCAGAAAAAGGCCGGUACCAGACCAAAGUGUGGUGACUGUGGAAUUGCUCUUCCUGGUGUCGCCUCUCUUAGACCAAGACAAUACGCUUCCAUUUCCAAGACCCACAAGACUGUCUCGAGAUCUUACGGUGGAUCCAGAUGUGCAAACUGUGUCAAGGAGAGAAUUAUCAGAGCUUUCUUGAUUGAAGAACAAAAGAUCGUCAAGAAGGUGUUGAAGGACCAAGCUGAGAAGGAGAAGGCUAAGAAAUAGGUUAAUCAAAUUAAACUGUCACUGUGAAUUAUACAUCAUUAGAUUCGUAUGCUGAGUAUUUGGCAAUGUAGUAGUGCACAAGGUCUUUGUAGGCUGUUGUGUCGUCACAUUUUAGCAGGUUAGCCAUGUCAAUGUUGAGUGGACUCAGUGGCUCUGGAUUUGCAAGCAAUACAACUAUUGCAACCAGUGCGCUUUGCAGAGUCCAUGCAGGUGACCAUUUCUGCUGUAAAAUGUCAAGACAGAUCUCACCUGUCUUGAAGUUAACAUUUGGAUGGGGCAUUUUGUAACACAUUUUGCGAGCACCAGAACUGGUUUUUCUCUGUAACUGCCUUAUUUUCUCUUCGCCAAACACCACAAACUUGAUUUUCGGGGGGUCUAGCGGAUAGUUUGUAGGGAUAUCGAUUUCCAGUUUCCACAAUGCAUCUUCAAAGGGGGAUUGAUAUGGGCCUCUAAUCACAGCGCUCCACCUGAAAAGCCCAUCUUCCAAAGGAUGCAGGUCAACAAUCCCCGUAUCGUGAAUUGGUGACCUUUUCUCUGUCAACUCUUUCUUAACAGCACGAUAUUCCUUCAGAAGCCGCUUUUCUGUAGAAGACAUGAGGG